CAUUGUGUAGACUUGCCAUAAAAAUAGCGACAGCCGAAACUUAUUGUGUGAACCGUAUAGUUUUGUGCUCGGCCUCGGAAAGCAAAAACUAUUCAUAAUCUUUUCGUAUGAAUAGUAUUUAAAACCCAGAAGUAUCGCCGGUAGAUUUUGUAUAUUGAAUUUGGGUUAUCGCAUCGUUCAACUGCAUUUAGUUCGGUAAAGUACGAAGAAAGUAUUCGGAAAGAUAUGUCUGAGAUGACAAGACUGCACGGAUGUAAUAUACUCAUUAUCGCCGACAAUGACAGCCUCGUCAACAAAUAUGGCCAUAGCGUAACGAUUAUCUGUGGUUACGAUCCGCAAGGAAUGAGUGUACGCGUUUUGAAGGAAGGCACACAACAUCAAUUAGAGGAAUAUCCAAUUAGCGCGAAAACGACUCAUCUUAACCAUGGUUCCACAUCACACAUAUUUGUAGUUGGCGGUGACAUGUUCUACGUCAAGUUUAGCUGUAAACGCGAUUGCCAAUUAUUCCGACAAUUGUUACAAAAAUUAUCGGGGAAAGUUAAUUCAGUAUUCAACCUCCGUACAGAGGAUUCUUCAGCAUCACAGUAUUUCCAGUUUUAUGGUUAUCUCUCGCAGCAGCAAAACAUGAUGCAGGAUUUUGUUCGAACCAGUACCUAUCAGCGAGCUAUCUACAGCAAUUCACAGGAUUUUCACAACAAAGUUGUAUUAGAUGUUGGAGCAGGAUCUGGUAUCCUGUCAUUUUUUGCCGUCCAAGCAGGUGCAGCUAAAGUAUUUGCAGUUGAAGCGAGUAACAUGGCGCAGUAUGCACAACAGCUUGUUCAGUCGAAUAACCUCGAAGGAAAAAUAACUGUAAUUGCUGGAAAGAUCGAAGAAAUUGAGCUUCCCCAGAAGGUUGAUGUUAUUAUAUCUGAACCAAUGGGUUAUAUGCUUUAUAAUGAACGCAUGUUAGAAACAUACCUUCAUGGUAAAAAAUGGCUUAAAGCCGAUGGAAAAAUGUUUCCCUCUCGAGGUGAUCUUCACGUGGCACCGUUUACUGAUGAAGCUCUCUAUAUGGAGCAGUACAACAAAGCUAACUUUUGGAUGCAAACUGAAUUUCAUGGGGUAAAUUUAGUAGCGCUCCGCGAUGCAGCCAUGAAAGAAUAUUUUCGUCAGCCGAUAGUUGACACAUUUGAUAUUCGUAUCUGUAUAGCCAAGUCGAUUAGGCACACAACCAACUUUUUGACGGCAGACGAGAAAGAUUUACAUCGUAUACAAAUCGAUGUAGAAUUUCAUAUCCUGGAAACAGGAACAUGCCAUGGAUUAGCUUUUUGGUUUGAUGUUGAAUUUGCUGGCACUUGUUCGCAGAUUUGGCUUUCAACGGCUCCAACGGAAUCGCUCACUCAUUGGUAUCAGGUACGAUGUUUGUUGCAAACACCUGUUUUCGUAAAACAAGGACAGGUGCUUUCAGGCAAGGUUGUGUUGUUGGCCAAUCAAAGGCAGAGCUAUGAUGUGGAGAUUGAUUUAAAAUUAGAAGGUACGAUGAUUACAUCUUCCAACACGUUAGAUCUUAAAAAUCCCUAUUUCCGUUACACUGGAGCACCCGUUCCUGCACCACCAGGUUCGAACACUACAUCACCUAGUGAAGCAUACUGGGGGCAGCUUGACGCUCAGGGUGCUCGAAAUGCUGUAAAUCUUGUGAAUGGCAUCACAGUAAACGGGUUAGGCGAAGUUGAUAUGUCAAUAAUUAACACGAAUUUGAUGCCAAUAAGUAAUCAACCAAACAUUCAUCCCGGUCUAAUAUCUAGCACUGGCAGACAACAAUCACAACAGCAACAAGUUACUCCAACUCAGCAACUUGCGAUGAAUCCAUCGAUUGCAUGUGCUGCAACGUCAACUCAGAAUGUAGCACAGCAGCAACUUAUUGGUGGAGCAAUUUCCCCAUCCCUUUUUACAACACCAGCUCAGCAGAUUAUCAACAGCCACCAUACACAGCCAAUUCAUGGAGGCCAGUUUUACUAGGAUUGUACAAUAAACUUACCAGGCCAGCAUAUUAUCCAACCACCGUAACUCAACACAUACAAUGGAAAAUAUAAAAACACACGAUACAUACACGCUUCAUCAUUGCAGUUCACGUUCACAACAUCAAUUCUAUUAACAUAAUUUAACUUGUAUAUCGCUUUUUAUCGAGAUUGACCGAGCAGGAACUGUCCUGUGGACAAAUUAGAGUAUGUUUGAAGGUAGCGAGCUUUUAUUAUUUGAAAGUUUUGUUUUUUUUUGUGUCUCUUUAGUUAAGAAUAGAGUUUCCAAUUAAAUUGUCCUGCGACAACUACUUGAAA